UGUCGCUUUCGGAAAAAACAAUGGAAGCAGUGUUAAGGUUGCAAUGGCAUCAUCAUCAACCCCACCAUGGGAGCACACAACUCAUACCUUAUUUUCCUUCCAAACCCACCAUUUUUUUUCUCCUAAAAAACUGUCUUUUCACAAGAGGGUCUCGAGUCAUUGCUUCUGCCUCCUCUUCUCCUUCUCUUCCAUUAAGACAUGCAGGUAAAAAGAGGGUGGAUCGAAGUGAGACCUUGACUUUAGAAAGCACCAGGCACUCUUUGAUUAGGCAGGAGGAUAGCAUAAUAUUCAGUCUUUUGGAAAGAGCUCAGUAUGCUUAUGAUGAAGAUGCAUAUGACAAGAGUGCUUUCUUCAUGAAUGGUUUUAGUGGGUCUUUGGUUGAGUACAUGGUCUUGCAAACUGAAAAGCUUCAUGCACAGGUGGGAAGAUACAAGAGCCCAGAUGAGCAUGCUUUCUUCCCUGAAUACUUGCCUCAGCCAAUGCUUCCACCUUUGCAGUACCCCCAGGUUCUGCAUCACUGUGCUGAUUCCAUCAAUAUAAACAAAAAGAUUUGGAGCAUGUAUUUUAAGGAUCUCCUCCCAAGAUUGGUAAAAGUAGGGAAUAGUGGUAACCUUGGAUCUGUUGCUGUUUGUGACACUCUUUGCUUGCAGGCUCUCUCAAAAAGAAUCCACUAUGGCAAAUUUGUUGCUGAGGCAAAGUUUCAAGAAGCCCCUCAUCAAUAUGAAGCUCCCAUUAAACUGAAAGACAGGAAACGGUUGUUGGAGUUGGUGACAAUUGAAACAGUGGAGGAAUUAGUGAAGAAGAGAGUAGAAAUAAAGGAAAGAACAUAUGGCCAGGUGGUGGAUAUCAAUGAAACAGAAGAUGUAGCUAAUCCUGUAUAUAGAAUCAAGCCAACUUUGAUUGCAAAUCUUUAUGGAGAUUGGGUUAUGCCUCUCACAAAAGAGGUGCAGGUAGAAUACUUGUUGAGAAGGCUUGAGUAAACAAACAGAAUCAUUGUAGUGUUUUUACUUAACAAUAAGGGGUGGUUUUGGACACUUGGAUUACAUUGAAAAGCUUAAAGCUUAACACUCAUCGACACUGGUGCUUUGCUGGUUAGAGAUGGGUAAUUAUUUAUUAAGAUAAUCAAAUGCUUACCAAGCAAGAAAAGGAAUAAUAUGCUAGAA